AUGCGCCGCCGAAAGACAAACACUACCGCAACACGAUCCUCAAGCAUCACCACCAUCCCCGCCAAGGCCACCGUAGCAAAGCGUCUGUCGCAAUGUCUGAACCCCUCGCUGCCCUCGGGCGUACACCAAAAGGCCCUCGAGGUCUACAACUACGUCUUUACUGUAAUGGGUAAAGAUGGCCUGUCAAAAGACCUCCCGUUGUACCUCCCCGGCCUGGCCUCGGUCCUCUCGUUCGCUUCGCUUUCCGUUCGUGCCCCGUUCCUUGACCUCCUCGAGCGCCACUUUCUGCAUGUCCACCCUCGUUCGUUACGCCCCGCCAUGAAAUCAAUUGUGCUGGCACUAUUACCUGGCCUGGAGGAGGAAACCAGCGAGGACUUUGAGAGGACUUUGAAGCUACUAGAGCGCUUCAAGGUCGCGAUUCGUCCGCCUGAAAGUCAGGCAAUCACACCGGCGCAUUCCACCGGCGAUGACUUCUUCUGGCAGUGCUUCUUCCUAGCAUCCAUCACGGGCCACAGCAGGAGGACCGGCGCACUGGCAUACUUGUCGCGCCUGCUCCCAAGACUGGGCACCUCAGUAACACCUGAAGCGAACAAGUCCGAAGGUGACUCUGAAUCGGCAGCAAAGCUCUCUCAGCUUGUCACAUCUCCUGAGCCAGGGUUGCUUAUACGCUGCUUUGCUGCUGGGCUAGUUGACGACCAAUUAUUGAUCCAGCGUGGCUAUUUGGACCUACUUGUAACGCAUCUCCCGCUGCACUCAGAGGUACUUCAGAAACGUGCCAAGGCUGGCGAUUUGGAGCUGCUUCUCCGCGCGGCUGUCGGGGUUACCGUUCGGAGGGAUAUGAGCUUGAACAGGCGGUUAUGGUCAUGGCUCCUGGGACCCGAGCCAGCGGCUUCGGCUGAGCAUGAAGGCGCCCUCGACUCACCUACUUCGGCCACAACCCAGCCUCACUUCUUCUCCUCGAGAACAAAUUACUUUGAAGAAUAUGGCUUGCAGCCUCUUACACGGGCCCUGCUGAGCAUGGUCAAGUCGGAAGCUGGGAAUAACCCGAGCGAGAGGGCACGGCCAUACCGGAUAUGCCUCUCCCUGAUGGAUCGAUGGGAGAUUGGCGGCUUGGUUGUUCCUGAAGUCUUCAUGUCCAUUGUGGACAGCGUCAAGCGGUUCAAGGAGAAAGCAGCUACAAAGACGGACUUCACCGAGGUCCUGAGAAGCGCCAGUGUCUUCUUUGAUGGUGUCGAGAGCGGCCUGAUUUACAGCGAAAUGCUGUCGCUCAUGGUCCAAGCCAUCAGUCCCGGAGACCUUUCGGCUGCCGAUCGACGUGCAAAGUUGGACCUCGUCAAAUUCAUUCUGGCCCAUUUUAACGUCAGAGAGGAGGAGAUGAUCACCAUCCACGCGCCUCUCACCGUCCUGGCCAUCUUGGGCAUGAUAGAGGAAGCCAAAGAAAAGAACAGGAGCACAUACGAACAGGCCUUGGAAAUUGCGGCAAGCUUGCUUGAUCUGGUUCCCGAGCGGGCGUUUUUCAUGGACUCGGGGAACAAGUCCAACCCGGCCAUCGAGUCCAAAGUCCUCGCUGCCACCCCUAAUCUGGAACUCCUACAAAAGAUCAAGACUUUUUAUGUCACCGACCAGGGCAACCUCGAAGCGAGCCAGCCUCCUUACGUUUCCCACAACGUGGCAGAGCUCCUCUUGCAAAAAGCAUGCGACCUCGUGUGUGAGGGCCUCGGCCAGACCGAGUCGGGGGCGAACGUGGCCAUCAAAACCCGGGUGUUCAUGCUGGUAUUAUCUAAAGCACCUACAAACCUGCUUCUUGACACCAAGAAACUGCUCGCCGCUCUACAUGACUGCCUGUCUGUCGAGACGACAGUGGCCUUUACCACAUAUUCUUCCGUGAUCUCGCUAUCAUCGCAUCUUUAUACUCUAGGUCGCAUCUCGCCCGACGACCUCUCGGGCCUCGUCGUGCCUCUGGUGCGACACGCCUGGAGCUUCCUGGCAGCAUCUGAGCCGAAAUACCACGUCGAGACGGUUCGCAGCCUGUGGUUGCUGCAGACUGCUCUGACGCCCCUGAACCGAGAAAUCGAAGCAGCUAUUUGCUCGCUCAUGCUUGAGCAUGAUAUUUCUGGCACGUAUGCCCAACGGUCGGCGGAUCCUGGCCGCAGUUUCUGUGUGCUCUGGUCUCAUAGUCUUCAGGACAAUCCUUCCGGGGUGGAUCGAAGGGCGCCGAAGACGCCAAAUGGCGAGAAGAUUCCCCGGCUGGGGGGCAUGGACAACUAUGAGGUCAUGCUCACGAGGCCGUUGUUUCUGAUGCUGGAUUCUCUUGCGGAUGAGAGGACGCAGCUUUUUAUGACGGUGAAGACGUGGCUCAAUACUCUUAUUGGGAUGGACAAGUUGUUGGGCAUCUUUGUCUCCAAAUUUGCAGAACUUCCAUUCCUCAGGCGACAGCACGCGGAUCCUCAAGAUGUUCAUUUCACUAAUGAAGAUGAUCUGGACUUGGGGCUGUAUUAUGUUCGUUCUCUAUCAAGUGUCUUGCGGUGGGCACCCGACGCUGCCUGGGGAGUUCUCUCCAAGAGGACAAUCAGGUCCAGCCAACCGGUUGCUGAAAUAGCUGGCACGGAGGAGGACGUGACACUGCAGGAGUUUUUCCUACACGUCUGUCUUCAAUGCAUGGCGUGCGACGAGAUUCCAGGAGACCAGCUGUCCAAGGUCAGGAUCGCGCAAUUGUACCGCGCCGCCCUGACGGUCCUGCAUCAAAUCCUCCUCAACCCCUUCGCGGGCCCUCUUUCCAAGCUCAAGCUGGAGCACCUUCUCAUCGACAAGCUCUCCAAAUCGCUCACGGGACCCGACCCCUACGUCCAAGUUCUCCUGCUCGACGUCGUCUUUGCCGCCCUCAAGCUCCGCGAGCUUGUUCCCGUCGAGCUUCCCACAUCCCCCGUUGCCGAAAAGCAGUUGUCACCGACCGGCGAGAGAAGCAAGAGCUUCAGAAUAUCGGUUGCAAACGAAAGACCACAGGCCCAGCUGCCACCGCCACCGCCGACGUUGCUUCGAUGCAUCCUGGCCGGCCUCGGCUCACCAAGCAGCCGUCCCGUGCUCGACAGCUGGGUCAGUUUCCUCAGUGAGUGCCUGCCUCUGUACGCCGACUCCAUCUUUCAGGUCUUGAUACCCCUGGUGGAGACGCUCUGCAGCCAAAUCAGCAGCACCUUUAGCAAUCUUCAACACCUCUUCCGGACACCCGACCAGGCGCCGUCGCAAGCGCCAGGUGCUCCCGAGACCACGCUUAUCUCUCUCCUCAACGGUCUUGAGCAGGUUCUGGCCAACGGACACGACAGGCUGCUGGCUGAAGAGGCCAGAGCACAGGUUGUCAAGAGCCCGGAACAGCCUCAGGGCUUCUUUGGGAACAUGGGUCUGAGCGUUUUCUCCAAUGACGCCCCGCAGUCGCGCAGCGUGACGGCAAACGACAGGCUUACCGUUUUGCUUGCCUUUCAGGAUGCCGUCCGCAUCUGCUUUGCGAUCUGGUCGUGGGGUCAGGGGAGCGACGCGGCGAGGCAGGACAGCACCUCUGCUGCCUCGUUUGGGUUCACCUCGCUGCGUAUGAGGAACCGGGCGCGGAGGUUGCUAGAACAUCUCUUUGCUGCCGAGACGCUCGAGUGUUUGGAAACCGUGAUUGGGAUAUGGAAGGACGCUCUCGACAGCCCGGAUCAGUCGAGCCAUGUAGAGGUUUUUAAUCUCCUGCCUGCGCUGGAUGGGUCAAGACCGAAGCACACCGUUCCGGCGUUGUUUAAUGCCAUCUACAGCAGGACCAACCCCGGGGCGCUGGAUCCGUCGAGGAGGUCGACGCUGACGAUUGAGCUGCAGGAUACGGAUGUGGUGAUCUUCCUGGUGGACUACACGCGGUCGUUGGAGGACGACACGAUGGAUGAGAUUUGGGGGGACUGCACGGCCUUUUUGAAGGAUUUGCUUGGGAACCCGUUUCCGCACAGGCAGACGCUGCCGAGCUUGCUCGAGUUUGCGGCUGUGCUGGGGGAGAAGGUGGAUAAUACCAAUUUUGGGGAGCAGAGGAAGAUGAGGAGGGAGCUGGCCGAUCUUUUUCUCAGGUUGCUCACGGCUAUUUUCACGACGAGGCCGACGAGCUUCACGGAGAGCAGCGGCACGGUUUCUCUUUCCGGCGCGGUGUCGGAGAAGCGGGCGAGCGAGUCGUUGUCGUUGCCGUUGUCGUUGUCGACGGUGAAUAGGCUUCCCGGAGACCGGGCGGAUGACGUGGUGGGGAUACUGGCGGGGAUUGUGCCGAACCUGGCCAAGAUUCUGGUUGAGAAUGAUCGGAUUCUGCAGGCGGCGAACGCGAUCAGCGCGAAUGUCAUUGGGCCGACGCUGAGGUCGAAGGCGUUUCCUGAUACUGUUUCGGGGAGCACGCUUGUUUUGCUGCACGAGUUGGCGAGGUUGCCGAAUAAUCAGAAGGGGUGGAAGAAGGAUGUUGCGGAUGCGUUUAAUGACUCGAGGUUUUUUGGGUCGAAUCUGGGACUGGUGCAGAGCGGGUGGUUGCCGCUUUUGAGCCAGUGGGCUGUCGCGGAUAAGGAGCGGAUGCCGGAGGUUUUGUCACGGAUCACGCCGCCGACGACGGCGGGGAUUGUUUUCGGGGUUGGGGCGACGUCUGCGAGGUUGGAGGCGGACAGGAAGACUCAGCUGAACCUUCGGAGGGUGGCUGCUCUUAUUUUGGCGUGUCCGUACGAUGCGUUUGCUGCUGAGUUGGGGCCUGUGCUGGAGAAGUUGGUGGAGUUGCUUGGUGCGACGUCUACGUCGUCGCCUUCGUCGACGACGAGGGCGGAGGUGUACAUGGUUUUUCGGGCGUUGGUGCUCAGGAUUAGUCCGGUGCACCUGGCGGGCAUGUGGCCUGUUAUCAACGCCGAGCUGCACCAGGCCAUCUCUUCGGUUGUGGCGCCGGAUCACUCCCCGCUGGCGGACACGUACAACAAUGCUAGUGUCCUACAGGCGUGCAAGCUUUUGGAUCUGUUUGUUUGUCUGGCGCCGGAUGACUUUCAGCUGCAUGAGUGGCUUUUUGUGACGGAUACGAUUGAUGCGGUGUACCGCCCGGCUGGGGGGUAUAAGCCGGUGGCCUUGGUUGAUGAGGUGAGUGAGGAAUUAGGGGCGUCUGGGGGGGCAGCGGCGGCGGCGACGGGAGUGGUGGAGGAGAUAGGGGGGGUUGGGUCGGGAGGGGGGGUGAGGAGGCCGCUGUUGGGAGGAGUGAUUAGUUGUGAUGAUGGGAGUUUGUUGGAGAGGAGGGAUGAAUUGGUAGCUAGGGUGUUGAGGCCGUUUUUUGGCCAGCUGAGCAUUUGGGCUUUUGAGAGCAGGUAUGCUAUGGGAAGGGUGGAGGUGGGAGGGUUGGAGGGGGGGUUGGUGAGGGAUGUUUUUUGGGAGGGGAGUGUGGUCAGGGCCUUGUAG